GGUAUGAUGCAAUAGCCUAUAACUUACUAUUACCUAUUUCAAUAGGUAAAAGUACAUGCAAGUUUUGCCAAGAAUAUUGACAUUUAGACGUUGACAGAUGUUGUAGCGUAAUACACCCUCUGAUGAGAGAUUGGUGGACAUACGGAAUUUACUUUCGUUUCCAUACCUAAACAUCCCGUGGGGAUGCGGGUACCUCAUAUAUUAUGACCGGUGAUAUGACAUUUUUAAAAACGGUUUCUAUGCGAGAUUUGUGUAUUUCAUUGAAAUAUAUAAACUCUGAAGUUACAUAUUUUAUCAAAAAUACGUCCGAAAUACCCAAGGAAUUGAACAUUUAAAAAUACAAGAAGGGUGGUACCGGAAGUCCUGUCCACAAGCACCUGUGAAUGUCACGUGAUAUGAAAGAUAGAAGUAUUUUUCGUACCUUUCUUUCAUAGGAUUACUGUAUCUUACAUGCGUAGAUACGAGAGCAAACAAGAUUCAUAUCCUUUUUAUACCAUUUUUUAAAAGUGUGGAUGACUUAAUUAAAGACGGAAAUUUCUCUUUCUAUCAUAAUCGAUGUCGAGUCUUUUUUUUUUUUUUUUUUAGUAGAACCACUUUUUAUUGAAUGAGGUAAUUAUAACAGUUAAUUGCAGAUGUGUAUCUAUUUUUCCUGUCGGUGAUUCUUAAUUCUGAGCACUGUCAGCAUCAUAAACAUUUACGUGUGUAUGGCUAAAAGAAUUGUUUUAUCUUUUGUUGAUAAUGUCAUAGGAGAUUUAAGAGUUUAGAAGCAUCAAACGAAGAGUUUGCUGUGUCUUGUGUGGGAUUUUCUAUUAUUUGAUCAAACAGCAAUGUCAAUAUGAAAUGCACUAAAAAUUAAAUGAAAAGACGUUGUGAAGGAUUUCAAUCUGGGGGUAAAAUGUUUUUCCAGUGAAUUUUAAAAUAAAGAUUUGUAAAUAAUGGUUGUUUCACAGGAAAAUGCUGUGGUAAAUAUGGGUUUUAGCAAUAUUAAAACAUUUUACAAAAUUCUAUAAGAUUUUGGGAAUAUUACAUCACCUUAAAUAACUUUAAUACAAUAUACAUAUAGAUAUAUUUCACUGAAUUUCAAUGACCUUGUAGUGUGUGGCAGUGUGAUUUCUAUCGUCAUCCACAGCAGUUGUCUAUCUCGAUUUGAAUGUUUGUAUAUUGUUUAACGCCCCUCUCGAGAAUUUUUCACUCAUAUGGAGAGGUCGCCAUUGCCGGUGAAGAGGGCUGCAAAAUUUAGGCCUAUGUUCGGCGCCUACGGGCUUUCAGCAGGGAAGGAUCUUUAUCGUGUCACACCUGCUGUGACACGGGGCAUUGAUGUUUGCGAUCUCAUCCGAAGAACCGCCCCGUUUCCGUUGCCUCUUACGACAAGCAAGGGAUAUUGAGGACCUAUUCUAACUCGGAUCCCCGUGGGACGUCUCGAUUUGAUAGUCAAACAAUGGGCGAGAUGAGAGUUAAAGCGCACUCCCGGGAUACCACAGACGUGGACGUGAAUACCCUAUAAUCAAGAUGAUGUAGUGAAUUUUUAUGUAUCUUUCGUUUCUUCAAGAACGACCUUCGCGGGUUUCCAUUGCUGCAGAAAAAUUAUUUCCUUGUCGAAACUUUUUUCCCGUUAAUAUCCUUCCCUUUACAGCUGCGGUACAUAUCGAGGUAUUUUUUGACAGGAAACAGGAAUUACAAUUCUUAUAAAUUAGACAGUCUCCUACAAUAUUUAUUGAUUGCUAAAUACUGUACUAUGUAUGACGGUGAGUUUGUUGAGACAAAAUUAUACUGAAAAGAAAUAUGAAUGGUACACCUACAGCGCUUUACAGUUUGGAGAGAUGGAAUGAUGAAUUCUCAGAGAAAUAUCUAGCAAACACGAUUCUGAUUGUUUUUGGACUACUACUUGGGAUCCCUGGAAAUCUUUUGGUCAUCGUUAUUUACAGCUGCCGUUUGAUUAAGGAAGGGACGGGGCGAUUUUUCGUUUUGCCUCUGGCUUAUGUGGACUUGACCGGGCUUUUCAUCACGGGAACACUCAAUCUUAUACGUAAUACAAAACACGUCAUUUUUCCUGGAAAUGUGACGUGUAAAUUGCUUCUCUACGGAAGUUACGUCGUCGGGUGCAGUUCGCUUUUUCUUUUGAACGUUAUUGCUGUCCAAAGAUAUCAGAAAAUUUGCCGGCCAUUUUCAAGACAAAUGAAUAUGAAGUACUUGCGGGUUUCUCUAAUAAUUUGUAUCGCUUUUAGUCUUUUACUUAAUAUACCGAGCCUAUUUUAUUAUGGAACCGCUCCGGUAUUUGAUUCAUACAGUGGGAAUGUAACAGGGGUCAUGUGCCAGAAGGUGUAUCCCAGCUCCACUGUGGGACUGAGAGCAUACCAGGGCGCAGGAGCAGUUAUUUCCACCGCUAACGUUAUAUGCAUAACAACCCUGUACAUCUUGAUUGCAAGAACUAUAUUUCGGACAACCAGAUUGCGUAAAACUCGACAAAAUGAUUACGUUGACGAACAACAGAGCUCCGCUUUCACAUCGAACACAACAGUACAGGAUGCCCAGAGUGAGUCAGAUGAAGUACAGGCAAUGUCGAAAUCACGCAAAGGAUCGGUCCAACGAUUAUCAAUAAUGUUUAUGGUCAUUUCCUUUACCGCCAUUGCGUCGUACUUUCCUUCCUGGAUAUUUAUAGCAAUCGAAACAUAUAAGUCUAAUUUCUGGAAAGAGAUGUCGGAACCACUUUUCCAAAUCUGUGUCAUCCUAAGGCGAAUGUAUAUUUUGAAUCAUUUGUCCAAUCCAUUUAUUUAUGGAAUGUAUGAUUUUGCAUUUAGACAACAAAUUCAAAGAUUAUUUUGUAGUUUUAAAUGACCAAGUUCUUUGAAAGAACGAUUUUAGUUGGUAUAUUAUGUCAGUGAAUUUCCAUAGCUCCUUUCCUUUUUAUAUUGAUAUUCGUCAUGUCAAGUCCACGCAUGGAAAGAUCAGUGAAUAUCCUCAAUGC